AUGAUGCCGUCCAAUCUAGUGGAAAGAUAUAAAGAAUUACUUGCAAAGGAGCCGAAAAUCGAUGAUAAAUAUGUGGUUAUUGAUAUUAAAUGGUUAAAACAUUGGAAACGUUUUGUUGGUAUUGAUAAAUCAGAUGAAGAACAAGUCACUGAACCAGGUCCAAUAGACUUCACAACCUUAAUUGAUCCAGCAACAGUCAAUAGUUUUAAUGAAAUUCAACUUCGUUCAGAUGCUGUUGAAGGAAAUGAUUAUACCUUCAUUCCAUAUGAUCUUUAUAGAGAAUUAAAACAGACAUAUACCAAAAUCGGUCCCGAAAUAAUUCGUAGAGUAAUCCCACAAGGUCAAUUUCAAACUAUAAUUGAAGUUUUUCUUGUACCAUUACGACUUCGUGAAUCAAAAGAUGACAAUGCAAAUAUAAAACAAAUUUAUCGUAGUCGUCGAACAAAAAUAGAAGAAAUAAAACAAGAUAUUCAUAAUGAAUUUUGUAUUCCAAGAAGAUUAAACUAUCAAUUAUAUUCAUCAGUCGAUGAAAAUGGUCAAAAGUGGGAACCCAUUGAUGAUGAACCAAAUUUAACUCUUGAAGAUAUCAGUUUAACAAAAAAUGCAUUUAUCAUAUAUGAAGAUCGAACAUUAUCAUUAGAGAUAGAUUCUUUAUCGAAAACAGAGUUCACUCGUGGACUUUGUGGUUUAUCAAAUUUGGGCAAUACUUGUUUCAUGAAUUCAGCUUUACAAUGUUUAUCAAAUGUUCCAGAAUUAACAGAAUAUUUUUGUAAUGAUGAAUAUAGAGAACAUAUAAAUCCUGAUAAUCCAUUAGGUAUGAAAGGUGAUGUUGCUAUAGCAUAUGGUAAAUUAAUACAUGAAAUGUGGUCAGGUAAUACAGAUUAUUAUGCACCAAAAUUUUUAAAACAAAGUGUUGCAAAUUAUGCACCACAAUUUAGUGGUUAUUCACAACAAGAUUCACAAGAAUUUAUGUCAUUUUUACUUGAUGGUUUACAUGAAGAUUUAAAUCGUAUCAAAAUAAAACCAUAUGUAGAAAAAAAAGAUGAUAAUGGAACAAUUGAUGAUGUAACAUUAGCUAAUCAACAAUGGGAAUAUUAUCAAAAACGAAAUCAAUCAAAAAUUCAAGAUAUAUUUUAUGGACAAAUUAAAUCUCUUGUACAAUGUCUUACAUGUGGAACAAGAGCACGUACAUUUGAUCCAAUUUGUUUUCUAAGUUUACCAUUACCAAUUAAAGCAAAUAUACGACAAUUUAAAAUUGACUAUGUUCGUUUAAAUGGACAAAUUAAAACUUAUCAUAUUAAAUAUAAUGAAAAUGAUCAUGUACGUAAUUUAGUUCAAAAAUUUUGUGAUUGUUUUCAAGAGAAAAAGACAAAAAUUCAUGAUAAUAAACCUAUCAUGAUUGAUAUUGCAUCAGAAUCAAAUGAAACUACUAAUCAAGAUGAAGAUGAAGAUGAAGAUGAAGAUGAAAAUAAUGAAGAUGAAGAUUUUACAAAAGCAGAUGAUUAUAAUGGACAUAAACCUAAACCAGAUCAUAUUUUACCUGUUGAAGUUUACAAUCAUAGAAUUCAUUUACAAUAUCGAGAUAAUACUCUAUUAACAAAUAUAUUUAAAUAUGAUCAAAUUGUUUUUUAUGAAACACCUGAUUCAUUAAAAAAAGAAGAUAGUGAAAAUAUUUUAAUUCCAUGUAUAUUUCGAGAUGAAUAUCAUCAUUAUAAUUUUGGUUUACCUAUUUAUCUUAGUGUACCAAAACAUAAUUGUAAAGGAAGAAAUAUACAAGAAGCAUUACAGAAAACAAUUGGUAAUUUUCUUCCAUUACCUUCAAUGGAUUCAUCAGAUAAACCAUUUUAUACUGCUUCAUUAACAUUUAGCGAAAGUUAUUAUCCAAAAACUGAACCAUUAGAAUCACUUCUUGAUGAUCAUAUUGAUUUUACUCAUAUAAGUAGAACACUUAUUAUUGAUGUUGCAUCAUCAAUUGUUGAUGAAUAUAAAAAACGAGAAGAAGAAAAACGUUCAGAAAAAGAUCCCUCUUCACCAAUGUCUUCUAGUAUUCAAACACAUAGUCAACAAAAACAAUCAACAACAUUAUUAGAUUGUUUUAAAUGUUUUACAAAAAAAGAAGUCUUAUCUGAUGAUGAUCUAUGGAAAUGUCCAAAAUGUAAUGAAUUAAAAAAAGCUACAAAAAAAAUUGAUUUAUGGCUUUUACCAAAAGUUUUAAUUGUACAAUUAAAACGUUUUAAUUAUACGCGUUAUUUUCGUGAUAAAAUUGAUUUAUUUGUUGAUUGUCCAAUACGUAAUUUAGAUUUAUCGCAAUUUGUUUUAAAUCCAGAUGAAAAACCAAAAGCAAAAUAUGACUUAAUUGCUGUUAGUAAUCAUAUGGGCUAUUUAGGUGGUGGACAUUAUACAGCACAUGCAAAAAAUUCUAUUGAUAAAAAAUGGCAUACAUUUAAUGAUUCAUAUGUAUCAGAAAUCAAUGAAGAUAGAAUUAUUGGUGACGAGGCUUAUGUUCUUAUUUAUCAACAACAAGGACAAUCAUUACCAGAAAACGAAUAUGUGAAGAAAUGA